UUUGUCUCCAAUAGACAGUUUUAGCUACAUAACAUUAGAAGUGCAUCCUGAAUGACCAAACAACGACAUUGUAACCGAAUACUCGCAUGUUCGAAGUUGUAAACGCAUCAGGAUAUUUGACUUUGAUGAGGAACAACAAUGAAGAAACAAAUUUCGUACAAUUUUGAGCCAUUUCGCAUUAAAUCCAUCGAAAGGAUAAGAACCACUACAAAAGAGGACAGAAAAAGGUACCUCCAGCAGGCGUCUUAUAACCCAUUCCUGGUCAAAUCAGAAAAUAUUAUGAUUGACCUCCUCACUGACUCUGGGACGGGCGCAAUGAGCAGCGAACAGUGGUCAGCGAUCAUGCGCGGRGACGAGUCAUACGCAGGCUCCAGCAGCUAUCACAAACUUGAGGAAGUCAUCAAAGAGAUUUAUGGGUACCGUCACGUGAUUCCAACACACCAAGGCCGGGCUGCUGAGCGAAUCCUUUUCAAGUGCGCUCUGAAGAAAGGAGAUAUUGUCCCUAAUAAUGCCCACUUUGAUACAACAAGGGCAAAUGUGGAGGAUACUGGAGCAUGUGCUCUUAACCUUCCCACCCCUGAAGCCAUGGAUAGGGAUUUACGUCUCCCCUUUAAAGGAAACAUGGAUGUCAACAAGCUGGAGARCUUGCUCUCAGGAGACCAACGAAACCAGAUUCCAAUGGUAUUGCUAACCAUCACAAACAAUGCCUUAGGUGGUUCGGCAGUAAGCAUGGGAAACAUCAGAGCAAUAUCCAAAGUCUGUCGCUCCCACAAUGUCCCACUCUUCUUCGACGCUUGUCGGUUCGCGGAGAACGCGUGGUUUAUCAAGACCAAAGAGCCUGGAUACAAGGAUAAGACACCAAAAGAAAUAUCACAGGAGAUCUUCUCGUAUGGUGAUGGAUGUACCAUGUCGGCAAAGAAGAAUGGAUUGACCAACAUUGGWGGAUUUCUAGCMAUGAAUGAUGAUGAUCUUGCAGAAAAGUGUCGAACAGACCUCGUUGUAACGGAGGGUUUUGUAACCUAUGGAGGGUUAGCUGGUCGUGACCUGGAAGCGAUGGCUGUGGGUUUACAGGAAAUUCUCGAGGAAUCCUACCUGGAAUACCAGAUUGAGUUCGUUAAGCAAUUAGCUGAUAUGCUCAAAAAAGAGGGAGUCCCAGUCCUCACUCCUCCAGGAGGGCACGCGGUGUACAUUGAUGCCGAGGCAAUGCUUCYUCACAUUCCACGAGAAAUGUUCCCUGCCUGGUCUCUCAACUGUGCAAUGUACGUGGAAGGGGGUAUUCGAGGAGGUGAGCUAGGUGGCGUGAUGUAUGGCAGCGUACCAAAAGAUGAGCGCAUGCCCAGUGGAAGUGCCAAUURCUGUGACGUAGAUGACGAGCCUGAGCUUUUACGACUAGCUAUUCCAAGGCGAGUUUACACCGAGUCCCACAUGAGGUACGUUGCCGAAGUACUUGGUAAAAUUGCUAGAAAUAUAAAUGACGUCACUGGCUAUGAAAUCGUUUGGGCUGCUAAAGCAUUACGUCAUUUUACAGCACGCAUGGCCCCAGUCCCCUUGGAGAGCGUCAGAAAUCAUAUGAAUGACAUUGAGGAAAGUCACAGUAAGGAGGCUGAACAUGAAAUAACGGCAAGAACAAGAAAGCCUUCAUUUCUGGAUUAAUAUAUUAGAGUUAGUGCGACAUUUCUUUUUCUGGAAACGUUUAGAUCUUCCAAAAUGACCCUUUCCUAUGAU